AUAAUUAUUUGUAACUUGUUGACAAUGUAUCACUCUGGUAUUUUCGUGUUUGGCGCUAAAACAUUUGACAAAGAAACAAAGCGAGAUGCCAUAUCAGCCUUGCCUUUAGAGAUAUCUUGGAAAAUAUUCUCCUAUUUAGAUGCCACAUCACUACAGAUAGCAACACGCACACAUAAAACAUGGAAGCAUAUUAUACUAUCACAUAGAAAACUAAGAAAUCGACUCAACAAAUUCGAACUGGCCAUUAAACUCGGCUCAGAAAGCUUAGCAAAGUUCUAUAGGAAAAAUAUAAGGAAACUGAAGAAAGAAAAGGGAAAAAAUUAUUUGCCUGUCAGCAAAACUACGAUUGUUUCAUCUGAACGAGUGACUAUAAAAAACAAGCGCGAAUGCGAAGGUAUUGUGGUCUACACGAAAAGGUUUAGACUAUAUUGAGACAUGACAGACAACCUUCAACAUGAACACCUGAUAUUUGACUUUUUAAAUUGUUUUUUGGGACUCGUGAAGUUCCAUUUCAUUUGAUUCGACAUUUUUUUGUAUGCCUUAUAAAUUUUCUGACAUUAAUAAUGUUUAU